CAACAUGGAUGAACAAAAAGAUUAAACUGAAAAUUAUUCCAUUUCCGCUGAGCCGUUGCUUUAUAAAACGCCGCGGGAGCCAAUCUUUCGAAAAGUUGAAACUAACUUGGAACUUGAAAGAGUAAAGUGAAUUCGCGAAGUCAAGAUGAAUCAAGUUAUUCUGUGUCUUUUCGCCUCGGUGAUUGCCAUGCUGGUCGUGGGCUGUAAGUAUUUCCAAGCUGUAACUUAUAACUUUAUAGACAAACAACUGCAUCAGUUUUGACUUAUAGAAUGUGUUUGAUGUUAGAUGAAUGUUUCAUCUUUUUUUUCUGAGAAAAAAUCUGUGAACUGUGAAUCGUUUAUCGCCCCUGCGAUCUGUUAGCCUGUUUGAAGUCCUAGACCAUUUGUAAUCUGUACACUGUAUUCUUUUGUUUUUAGCGUCUGUAUGGUCGAUGGAGUGUGGAACUAGGGGCGAUGGAAGUAAGAGCUAUCGUUACAGCAAGGGAGAUGAAAGAAAUAAGGGCUAUCGUGGCAGUAAGGGCGAUGGAAGUGAGGGCAAUCAUGAGAGUAAGGGCGUUGGAAGAAUGGACUAUAAUGGCAGUAAGGGCGAUGGUUAUAGCAAGGGCGAUGAAAGUAAUAAGGGAUAUCGUUACAGUAAGGGCGGUGGAAGUGAGGGCAGUCAUAGCAAUAAAGGAAGUGAGGGCUAUGGUUACAGUAAGGGCGAUGAAAGUAAUAAGGGAUAUCGUUACAGUAAGGGCGGUGGAAGUGAGGGCAAUCAUAGCAAUAAAGGAAGUGAGGGCUAUGGUUACAGCAAGGGCGAUGAAAGUAAUAAGGGAUAUCGUUACAGUAAGGGCGGUGGAAGUGAUGGCAAUCAUAGCAAUAAAGGAAGUGAGGGCUAUGGUUACAGUAAGGGCGAUGAAAGUAAUAAGGGAUAUCGUUACAGUAAGGGCGGUGGAAGUGAUGGCAAUCAUAGCAAUAAAGGAAGUGAGGGCUAUGGUUAUAGCAAGGGCGAUGAAAGUAAUAAGGGAUAUCGUUACAGUAAGGGCGGUGGAAGUGAGGGCAAUCAUAGCAAUAAAGGAAGUGAGGGUUAUGGUUACAGCAAGGGCGAUGAAAGAAUGGGUUAUCGUUACAGUAAGGGCGAUGGAGGAGAGGAGUAUCGAAGCAGUAAUGGCGAUGAAAAUUGUAGAGAAGUCGAAAACAUUGGCACUGCAGUGUGGUGUGGUUCCUAUGAGCGACUUCAGGAAUGCAGCGCAACUGGUUUUGAUGAAUGCGAAGAGAGAAAGUCGUCGUCUGGUCUCAAAGGAUGUUUAAUAGACGACUGCACUGGAAAGAACGAUGACAAUUCGCCUGCGCCAAUGCGAACGAAAAUGGUCGCAACGUGCUGUAAAGUACCUCCCGAAGAGUUUAGCAUUUAUUAUUAACACGGAUAAACUGUAUGAGAAAGUCAACCGGCAUGAAAUUGAUACUGAUACUCGUUAAAAAGUAGUUUUAGUCGAGAAAUAAAACAUUAUUUCCAUUUUGCAUUAAUAUAUGUUGUCUUGUGUCGUGUUUUGCUUUCAUUCGUUCUUGAAAUCACGGAUUAAUCGAGGUAAAUUAAUUUAAAAGAUACAUUAUUUACCAUUCUACAUGAAGUAUUACAAAUUUAGGCACUCUGAUCGGCCUUGUGUAAAAAUUGUAAACAAAUAUGCUGAUUAGUUUAAAACAGAAUUCCACUUUGCUUGGUAGAAUUCAUUUCACUUUACAUUCCUCCUAUAGCUAUUCUGUCCAAACCUAGAGAAUACUUACUAAAUGCAUGCGAAUUGUAAAUAUUAUAAAGAUAUCGAACAUGCUAAUCUUCGAGGUUUCAGAGAGUGCGGAUUUUCUGUCGACGAGCACAGUUUUCUUUAGUUCGAGCUUCACGGUUUUCAGUAGAUUAGAGAACACCGCAGGAAAUGGUAUGUAUGAAAUUUCCACCCGAGAAUUAACCACUGGUUCCUAAUUGUGCAUUUCUGUAUUGCUAUAUAUCAAAGAGAAUACUAUUAAACAAGUUCAAAAAUGUUGAAACGCGAUCUUUUCUCCUGAAUACGCAUUCUGCAAUCUUUUGACAGCUGAUCGUACACAUCUGACGGCUGUGAAAUAGACAUUUGAGGCUUAAGUAUAUAUAGAGGUUUAUUAAUUCAGACGAUUCGUUUUUACCGUGUGCAAGCUUCAAAUCUUUAGUAUAAGUUAUAUUUUGUUAAGCAUUUAUAAAUUUUUUUGCUCCGACUAAGAAUUACCAAUUUCCGCAGUGUCGGAUUAGAGUCCUGGUUUUGAAAGCCCCGUUACACUACAGUCAAUUUAUUGGCACGGAACGGCUUAAAUUAUCACCCUUGCUUUCUCACUUUAGUCUUUAUCGUAAUGUCUCAUAUAUUCAACUGCCCUAUAUCUCACAUUUCUCCACUGAAGUCAAUAAUUAUUCGUAUAGACAGUUUAACGGGUACCCGUUUUAGCCAUGCGUUCGAAUAAAUUGACUG